AUGGCUUACGAGGACAUCAGCACAUCUUUUUAUAUUGUAGAUAGCACUAACAUGAGUGAUGCAGUCGGAGUGACGCAGCAGCCUCUAGAAGCGACAGAGGUGUACCAAGAAAAGAUCGUCAAGACCUUUGAAGCCCGAUCCUCAGUGUGCCGUGUCGGCUUUAGCUCCCUCCCAUCCCCCUCCCCUUCGUCUGCAGUGCUGACGCAUCUGCCGCUUUUUACAUCACUUCAGCUGCCUUGCUCUAGAUGA